GAAUACGGAUGUCAGUGACAUUUCGAUACAAACGCUGUAUUAAUUCAUAUUAACAGUUAAUAAUUCAAUCAAUCUAAAUUCAAUGAUGUUUUGUAGGUUUUAAAAAGAUAAGGAGCAGUGAAGUGCUGUUGGUUAAAAUAAGAAUGAAAACUACUAAACUGACAACAGCAAUGACUGUAAUCUCUUUGCUCGUAUGUCUGGUUGCUGCAACCACAACUGAGCCGACAGCUGUGGAGGAAGAUCACCAAGCAGCAAGGGAUAAGAAAAUGGACAAGAUGAUGAAGGACAUGUACAUGGCAUUUAUGUUGGCUAAGAACAUGAUUGGUUUCAUACUCAUGUUUGUAUCACCCAUCAUCCAGAUCAAGGGAUUUGGACUGUCUGUGAUUAACACGCUGGUGAACAUUGCACGUUUCGUGCUACAGAUGCAGACAGCCAAACACAUGAAACUGCUGCUUAGUUCACACCAUCCCCACAUCAACUCCUACGCCGCAGCGGAUAUAGAGGACAGAUGGUCAGGAGUGGGCCCAGGACAGUACGCCUACUACUCCCCUCCACCCAAAGGGUAACUGGGACUAUGAGCCCAAGGCUCUCACUCAGCCAGGUAUGGAGGUAGAUUUACCUCCAGCACAAGCAAGCUAUAUCUCAGGAGGUUUCAACGAAAGAGUUUAUCCUUACUAUAAUCCGAAUGACACUAGGUUUAGAAGAUGACACUACCCUUCCAAAAUACUAUGAUAUAGAUUUCCCAAUAGUAAUAUUAAUAGUACUUGAUAAUUCAAUUAAAUGAAAAAUGUUAUUUCAUUGUAAUUGGAAUAUUCAGAAUGCAAAAACUGUUGAAUUAAUCGAAUUCCGCCAUAACUAUCUUUGUCAAAAAGCUUCAAAUUUUAUUUGAUUUUUUAUGGAAGUAAUCCAAUGAAAAGUUUAAAAAACUUGUUUUUGGAUCUUAAUAUCUUCUGUCUUCAUGACAGAAAAAAAUUGUUUCUUAAAUACAAGCAUAUUAAAAUAGUUCCCAUCUUUGAUAAUUUACAAGAAUACAAUGGUUCAGAAAUACAAAUCUUGAUUUAGUCAACAUAAUUUGAUUGAUUUGGAAUAUGUUUUGAUCAUUUUCUUAAGGGGUGAGUAAGGUACAAGGUCAUUUAUGUAAAGCGUAGCAGAAGUAUUUUUUCAAAUAGAAAUUCCGUUGUGAUUUACAUUAGACAAAAUUAAAGAGUAAUGGAUUACAUUUAAAAGUAGUCUUAAACAAAAAAAUAUACUUAAUAAAGUCAAUAUUAAUAAGAAAAUUAUGGUAAACAUGUUUACAACUACAUAAUUUAAAAGUACAGCUCUUUUGGAAAAUCCUAGAGAUAAGAUUAAAAUUACAUAAAAUAUAAUGGUAGAUACUGUCAUGCCUGAGUCAACUCGUUAUCACUGUUUUGCUUUUGUGAUGAUAGCUGAUAUAUUAUAUUAUUUUAAGUUUUAUUAAGUCAGGAAUGAGUAGGAGAUUCUGUUUUGUUGGUGCUGUAAUCUUACAGAUACUAGUCAAACUACGUGUAUGAGACGUGCACUGUAUCUUAUAUAAGAGUUUGGGGGAUUCGUGUUGUUUGAUGUUUAUAUGUUGAUAAGUUAAUAAAUAAGUCUUUUUAUUUUGACCUGGUUCUGGGAUUGUUGGUAUAAAUCUUAUAUUAUGUAUUUACAGCUUGAAGCAAUCCAUUGUAUUCUUAAGCCUGAUGGCACUGUCAAAUCCACAUGCAACCAAAUAAAAAAAACACAGAGUAGGCCUAUACACAUACACACACAUGACACAAAAUUAAUUAAUUAAAAUAUUGCCUAGCCUAGCCUAGGCCUAAAAAAAAUUAAAAAACUAGAGAAAAACAUGACAGUACGGUCAAGUUGAGCGUUGUGUAUGAACUGGUUGGUUUGUUCACGUACAUGUCCCUGACAUGUUAUGUUCGAAGAUGCCUUGACCAUGGACAUUAUGUGAACAAACCAACUAGUCCGUGCAUAAUGCUCAACUUGGCCAUACGCUUAAGAAUGUAAUGGAUUGCUUCAAGCUGUGAGUACAUAAUAUAAGAUUAAUAAACAAGACAUUUUUGAAUUACAUUUAUUUAAAAUUUUAUUAUUAAUUAAAAUAAUAGAUUGUUAAUUAUUUAUUAAUAAGUUUAUUUUUAAUCCCUAGACAUCAUUGAACAUAUAAAUCUUGUGGAUAUUUAAAGUUUUUGGUGUGAAAAAUAAACUUUAAAUAACUUGUUUUACAGUAUAUAAAAAACUGCAAUAAAUGGAAGAAAUACUCUGUGCAGGGGAAUCUCAGUACAAAACUACAUUUGGCGCUUAGCUGUCACUACAUACCUGAUCUUGUAUCAGUUAAAGGGUUAAGCAACGUUUAAUUUUAGGAAUAUCCAUUGAAUGUGAAAAUUUGUCAUUACCUUUGUGUUUUUCAAAGGGGGUAAAUUUUAGAACGAUUAAAGUAAUACAAAUAAUUAGGUGUAAACUCUGUUGUGAAUUUUAUUAAAAAAAUUCUUAUCAAGUUAUCAGUGAUCCUUUUUGAGAUACUUCAUCCUUCAGCAAGAACCUUAUUUAUACCUUAACAAAAUUGUUAUAGCAAUUAAUAGGUUGCUAUAAAAUAUCGUAUUUGUUUGGUGUUUUAUUUAUGUCUCACAUUAUAAGGGUGAUUAUUUGAAAAUAAGUAUUUGAGAGGUUCGUGUUCCCCUAAGAUGUCUUCAAUUGUGAAUGCAUAAAAUGUAUUAAAAUUGUAAUUAUACAUGCAAAUAAUUAAAAGGAGUUAUUUAAAUGACAAACUAUUUAAAUUAACUUGUAUAUUUGGUUUAGAAACUCAUAGUUUUCUUUCAUAUUACGCAGACAUAAAAUAAGUUAUAUGAUUAUACAAUGAACCUCAGGGCCAGUUCUAGAUAUUUUGACACUCUUAAGCUAGACAUAUUUUGAUGACAUGUAACCUGUAAAGACAAUAUUGAAUAUUUUUUAAGUCUGUAUAUAUAGUGCCACUUAGAUAAUCUAAUCAUGUUUGACAUUAUUAUUUGAGCAUUUAAACAUUUCUCUAGUGCUUAAAUUGCACACAAAAAUUUGCAUAUGUGUUCUAAAAGUUAAAAAUGUCAUGAAAAGUGAGUGUUUACGAUAACAAUCUUCCAGGCUGUAUUAGAGGUAUUUCAUCAGGUAAAUUACUAAAUUAUUAUUUUAAACAUCUUUAACAAUUUUCAGACUGCUUUUCCAUAUGUCUGAUUAGGCUAUAAUUAAUUAUAAUUGGUGUACUAAACUCAAUA